AUGGCCAGCAUCUACCGACGUUCCUUCGCCCGCGUCGGCCGCAAAGAGAGCGAGAUUUCAGAGAUCCGCACCACACCUGCCGACGAGCUCUCUUCGUGGCUCGGCGACGAUGUUUGCACCAACUGCGGUGCCUCGACAGCGCACGGCAAGCUCUUCUGCUCCGAAGCUUGCAAGCUCGCCGACGCCAAGGAAGUAGCAGAGGCUUCUCUCGUUGAGAAUCUCGCUUCGCCGCUCCCCAAGUCGGACGAGUUUGCAAAGUUCGACGACAACCUCAAAUUCCGCUACCCUUGCCCGCCUUCGCCCAGCCUGUUUGCCCAGAUGUCGGCACCCCUUCGUACCACCUACCUCACAUCGCCUGCCCUCGCAGCAUACCAGAGCUCGCUACCCGUCUCCAGGGGUCGUCUCAGCCUGACUUCAGCUGCAUCCAACGACGUAGGUGCUGGUGAGGCACGUCACACCAAGAAGCGAAGCAGCUCCCAGUCCACCUUCUCUUCCAUCUCGGAAUCCAAUGCCAGCAACAGCGCCUUUGCAAGCACCGAUCCAUCGACUCCCUCGCCAGCCUACGGGCCCACCGAGGACGAGUCAAGUGAUCUCGAUGCCAGCGAAUUCCAGCUGCCUCCCUCGGUCAGCACCUCGAGCUCGGUCAUGCUUCGCAAGAGUUCCAGCUCGUCGACAUCGCCCACAGCAUCAACACCUCACCCUAUCCACGCUGACGGCCGCGCACCCAAGUCUCCGCUCUGGUAUGCUCGCCGACCGAGCAACACCAACUCGCGCGGCAGCUGGUACACCUCGCCCGCCAUCACCGCCACCUCGAUGGUCACCGCCAUCAGCAACGACCACCGCGCAUCAUUGUCGACCUCGACCGGCGACGCAUCGAAACUUCGUACGCGUCCCAGCAAUGUCGAGGCCACCUUGACACGCAAGUCGGCCAAGGACAUCCUCUCGCAAGCCUUCUCCUUGACGUCCACCUCAAUCAACCAGAGCAUUCGUCGCGGACGCUCCGAGCAGCUCGAGACUCGAUCUCCCCCUCCCGUCCACUCUGUGGCCUCGUCGGCGGGCAAGACGCUGCGUGGUACCAGCCCUGUGAGCUCGCGAGCGUUCAGCCCGCGCAGCACCGAGCUUGGCUGCGACCGAUGCCGAACCAUCUCGAACUUCUCGGGCGAGCACAACGUCUACGGCAGCAGUCUCGUCUCGUCCAACUCGCGCGGUGCCUCUACCUCUCCUCGCCUCGAGUCGGAUGAGCGCUACCGCAGCAUGAAGCAAUUCCACAAGCACUCGCACAGCGCUGCUGCGGGCCUCUUCUUUACCCAGAUGCAGUCGCAAGAUUCGCUAAUCGACGACGCGGCCAAGGCCACCGACUCGGAGGAGCGACAGGGACGUCGCAUCCAGGCUUCCCGUUACCGCAACCCUCGCGCCACUGCCGUUGCAGACCAGCAGCAAGAUGUGCGCGCGACUCCCCCUCGUGGUCGAUCCAAGGCCCGUGGCAGGAGCUCGCAACGUCGUAGCCCAAGCCCGCCUCGGGCCGCAGCCAGGCGCGAGUCAUCCUUCACCGAGGCCAGCCAGUUCUCGCCUGCACCCGUCUCGCCCCGCUCGCAGCCCAUCUCGAUUUCGAUGAUGGCACGCGACUCGCGACGCUCCAGCAACGACGGCGCUUACCACCACGACGAGGAGCUGCGCUCGGCUCUGCCCCAGCGUCCUUCGCCCUUGGCGCUUGCCUCGGAGAAGGAUGUGGCGUUAAUGCCGACUGACCGUGUCGCCCCGGAAGCGCAAGCCGACCAGCGUGGUCGUAGCCGCGGCAGAAGUACACGACGUGACCGAGGCUCUCAGGAGCGCGGAUCCACUUCGCGAACCAGGUCUCGCUGGAUCCACCAGGACUGUGAAGUCUCGUGGGCUGGCUAUGGUCAUCGCGAUUCGGACCGGGGCGAACGCACCAACACGCAGCAGCCGCAGCAGCAGCAACAGCAGCAACCUCCUCGCACUCGCGGCGCCCGAGCCAACCCGGAGUUCACUGAUCCUGGCUUUGACGAUGUCGACCUCGACCUCGAUGGCGACGACGAGAAGGAGGAGUCGCGAUCUCUUUCGUCCGGCGGAAGCUUUGAGGCUUCUGUCGUUCGUGGCCGAACCAGCAUUCGUGCCUGA